AUGCGAAUGGUACAACUAACAUUGUCACUUCUUUUAUUAUCCGUUGCCGAAGGACAGUUUUUUGGCAGUUGUGGUGGAUUCGGUAUGCUUGGAUGCGGCGGCGGUAUGGUUGAUUAUUUAUUCACUACUAUUAGUUGCACCAGUAAUUUAAGUUAUGGUUACGGUUAUGGUUAUGGUUAUGGAAAUUACGGCAUGAUUGGUGGUUACGGGAAUUAUGGCGGGAUUGGUGGUUACGGAAAUUAUGGCGGGAUUGGUGGUUAUGGUUUAUACGGCACUGGUCUGCAUGGUUUCGGUAUGAGUUGCUGCGGUCUCGGCGGCUUCUAUGGAUGA